AUGACGAGCAGCUCGACAUUGCCUGACAACGUCUCGCAAGCUGCAUUCGCUGGUCUGCUAACGGCUGCCGGCUUCUUUGGAAUUGCACUCAUCGGUCUUAUUGUUUAUGUGCUCGGACGAUGGCGCCGAGAGGUCAAACAUAAACGUCAAGCUUCUACAGCCCAGCCCUACUACUUAGAAGACAUGCCAAUAACCCUAUUAUCUGUCCGAGAGUCUGUCAUGAAGCCUCCUAUGUAUUCAUCAAGUCCCUGGGCGGUGGAUGCCGAGGCACAGAAAGUUGCUCUGUCAGUACUUGACAUGAAGUCUCCCGCACUCCCUGGGUACUCGGUACCAGAUUCGAUGGCUGCAGAACUUCGCGCUUCGUUUGCUAGCCCAUCCAAAGCCCCAAUAUUGAUGGUUUCAUCCCCAUGGACACCAACGACCCCAGGAUCGACGAAUCCCCUUGGAUCAUCACAUCUCGCUCAACAAAUCAAAGUACCACCCAUACCACCACCCAUACCCAUCCCUACAAGAGCCGCCGAGCGGGAAGCAUUGGCACGUUAUACUAUGCCUCCUCCGACUCCGCAUUGCCCCAUCACUGGUAUGCCGCUGGACAUUACCCAGCGAACGCCCCCGCCAGUAUAUAACGCUUCCAUGGAACGCGCGCAGCGUGCAGCGCUACGACAGCAGCGUCGGAAGGGGAACCAGAAGACUCUCUGGCGUGAAACGUUGAAGAGCGUCAAGAGCAUCAAGAGCGCCAAGACCGCUGUGACUGCAUCUUCUUCGAUCGCAUGA